GGGUUGUACCUGUCCACCUAUAAAGAAGGUGAUCUGCAGGGCUGCAGGCGCCUUCUCCCCUCACCUGUUCAGCCACACUCCAGCUCUUCGCUUCAAGCUUCAGUAUGUCCAAACCAAGAGACUACAGCAGCCAGUCCUACUCCCCCAGCAGCAAGAAGCCGCUCAGAAGCGUCCCGACCGACAGAGUCGAUUCAUCGGGAAAAUCCAAGGAGAAGAACGAAUUGGUUGGACUCAAUGACAAGUUCGUCGCGCUCAUUGAAAAGGUGAAAAACCUGGAGAAUGAGAAGAGAAGACUUGAGACAAAGCUGAAGAUCCUCAGGGAGCAGGAGGACUACAACGGGAAGGUUGAGUAUCUUGUGAAGCAGCUGGAGAACGAGCUGGAGCAGCAGAUUGAAAGCUUGAAAUCCGACCAGAACAAACUGCAGCCUGAGCUGCAGGAGAUCCAGGACGAGGUGGACAAUACCAAGGAAAGGUAUGAAGACCAGUUGCGCCAGAGAGGUGACCUUGAGAACGACUUUAUUGUGUCUAAAAAGGAAGUAGACGAAGGCCACUUGGAGGCAGUAGCUCUGGCUGUGGAUCUUGAGGACCUGAUGAGAACAAUGGCCUUCCUCAGGCUCGCAUUUGAUGAGGAGAUCAAGGAGCUGGAGUCACGCAUCCAGAACAAAACAGUGGUCCUACAGGACAACACCAGACGUUCUCUGGACAUGGACCAGUUCAUCAAGGCCGUUGAGAAUCAAUAUGCUACCAUGGCUACCCGCACCAGGGAAGAGGCUGAGCAGUGGAACCAGAGAAAAAUGGAAUCUCUGGUCCAAACUGUAGGAGAGCGCGAGCAAGAAGUGCGUGACAUAAAGAGGGAGAUUUCAGACUUGCUGCGUCUCAUCCAGAGGCUUACAGCAGACCUGGAGAGUCUCAGAAGGAAGGAAGAGGCCCUCAUGAAUGACCUCGAUGAUGCUAGAAAAGAGGGUGAGGAAAAUCUCAACAAGGCCCGGGAAAAUAUCGCUCUGCUGGAAGAUUGUUUGAAGCGGGCCAGGCAGGACUUGGCUUCACUGAUCCGUGAUCACCAAGAGCUGCUGAACAUCAAGCUGGCCAUGGACAUCGAGAUCAACACCUACCGCAAGCUGCUGGAGGGCGAGGAGCAGAGAAUGAGCUACCUAAUGCGCCAAUCAGACGUUCACCUGCCGCCGACGCGAUACGUGCCAGCCAAACCGAAAGCCACCGAACCCACCCCUGUCCGGGAUAUCGCCGUCACCACGCCCACCAUUGCCCCGGACACCACUAUUGUCCCACCAGUGUCCCCUGCCACCAAGAAGCGCCUGUUGAUCCGGUUGGAAGUGGAAGAAGGCAAACUUGUGUCUGAAAGUUACCAGUACACUGACUGAUUGACUGGGACUGUCUGUCAUGCCUCUGUCUGCAGCGUUAGAGUAUGUCAGCUCAAUCAGUCAGAGUCACCGAUGGGGCUUUAAGCCUGUCCCAGCUGACAUGGUGCCAGAAGAAGUGUGCCUGAGCUGGUCCAAUCCAUCACAGGCCGAUAUCCGCAAACUGUGAAUCAAUGUGAAUGAAAAUGUGAAACUAAUUCAAACGAAGUUAAAUUUAUUUAAAUUAAAUAUCCAGAUUUUUUUAAAUUUGUUUUUUAUAUAUAAUAAUCUUUUUUAGUUUGUGUGCUUUCUGGAAGAGUGAGCAGUAACAGCAGCUUCCCGGCAGGUUGAACGUUUGCCUAAAAAUUGUGCGUGAAUGUGUUCGUGUCAAGCAGUGUUUCUGGAAAUGUUUUCUUUUCUUUGUUCGCAUUCGUAAAGGCUUGUGGUGCUCCAUUGUAGUUUUUGUUUUUUCUAUUUCUCUUAAACAUUUGUGAGCGAAAUAGGAAUCGGGCAGCUCUCUGUAAAAACACUGCAAAGGUUUCUCAGCGACAUCAGCAGCAAAAUAAGGAACUUGGAGGUUUAAAGGUGCAAUUAAAGGAGUGGAGAGGACAUAUAUGCAUACGUUUCUUCAUAGAGUGACAACAGGGCUUAGAAUGGCUUUUCAUGCAAAAACAAAUCAGAAUAUUUCAGUGGUGCUGUAAGCUGUGCAUCUUUACACAAUGCUGCAAAGGGAUGUUUUUUCUUAUGUGUGUGGGACUUCUUACCUCAGCUUAUGCCAAAGUGACAUCUAUCAUUUGGGUGAAUGUGUGCAGCGCAAUAGCAAUAAAAUAAUUCAUGAA